ACCAAGUUUAUGCCAAAACAUGAUUGCCAAUUUGAUUCCUUUUGGUUGAGAAGACCUGACAAGUUUUCUAUAUAAACAAACUCCCAUAUUACAAUCUUUACUUACCUCUUAUUGCCUUUGAAGAAGACAAUCUUUCCAUUGUCCUUUGGAGUAAAGCUCUUCAAGAAUGGGGAUCUUAGGAGAAGUCAAUCCAAAGCAGCAACAUGCAAAUAAACUGGGAGGAACAAGAGCAACACUUUUUAUAUAUGCGACGGUGGCCUUGGAGAACAUGCCAUUUAUCGCGAAUGCAGUGAGCCUGUUUAGUUACUUCUACGGGUACAUGAACUUCAGCUUGACAAAAUCAGCAACAAUGCUUACCAAUUUCAUGGGGGCCUCGUAUUUGCUCUCGUUGUUUGGAGGAUUCAUCUGCGAUACUUACUUGUCCAGAUUCAGAAGCUGUAUUAUGUUUGGAGCUAUAGAAGUCUUGGGGUAUGCAGUCCUGGCAGUACAGGCAUUCUUUCCGCAGUUCAGACCCUCACCCUGCAAGGAUGUUUCGCCAUUACUAAUAAAUCAAUGCGAGGCUGCAGACAGUAGCCAAGCUGCGAUCCUAUAUACUGGCCUAUAUUUGGUUGCAGUUGGGACUGGUGGACUAAAAGCGGCACUCCCUUCCUUGGGAGCAGACCAGUUUGACGAGACAGACCCUGAAGAGGCUAAAACGCUUUCUAGUUUCUUUAACUGGUUCCUAUUUUCUGUUGUUACUGGGGCUAUCUUUGGUGUCACUUUCUUGGUCUGGAUUAGUGAAAAUGAAGGCUGGGACUGGGGUUUCGGGGUGUCCACUUUAGCAGUGGUAAUCGCGGUUCUGUUCCUGUGCAUGGGAAAAUCACUCUAUAGAAACAAUGUCCCAAAAGGAAGCCCCCUCAGUCGGAUAAUGCAGGUAUUCGUGGCUGCAAUUAGGAACCACAAUCUUUCACUGCCAGAAACCGCAGAAGGAUUUCAUGAGAUUCAUGAAAAAGGAUCUGAGAUUCUCCGUAGAACAAACCAAUUCAGGUUCUUGGAUCAUGCAGCAGUUAUCAGGACUAGAGAUUCAUCUACUGUUAACAAUCCAGGACCCUGGAUCUUGUGUACUGUGACACAAGUUGAGGAAACAAAAAUUCUACUCCGGAUGCUACCAAUAAUUGUCAGCACUAUCUUCAUGAACACAUGUUUGGCUCAACUCCAAACUUUCAGCAUCCAGCAGAGUAAUACGAUGGACAGAAAUCUUCUUGGUUUUCAAGUCCCUGGAUCUUCAAUUCCCGUCAUUCCACUAGCGUUUAUGUUUAUAUUGAUCCCAAUUUAUGAUCGCAUUUGUGUUCCAAUGCUCAGAAAGUUUACUGGGAUUCCUACUGGAGUCACACACCUCCAACGGAUAGGAGUUGGGCUCGUUCUCUCAGCUAUUUCUAUGGCUGUGGCAGGAAUAAUAGAGACUCACCGCAAAUCAGUUGCUGUAAAGUACGACAUGGUUGAUUCUGCAGCCCCUUUACCUAUGACCGUGUUCUGGUUAGGAUUCCAAUACGCUAUAUUUGGAAUGGCUGAUAUGUUUACCGUAGUUGGACUGCUAGAGUUUUUCUACGCGGAGAGUUCAGCAGGAAUGAAGUCUUUGGGCACAGCCAUUUCAUGGUCUUCACUGGCAUUCGGAUACUUCUUGAGCUCAGCAACUGUGGAGCUGGUUAACACAAUAAGUGGUGGCUGGUUCAAAAGCAACAACUUAAACAGGGAUAAGUUAAAUUACUUCUACUGGGUUUUAGCCGGGUUAAGUAUAUUGAAUCUCGGGGCAUAUCUGCUCUGCGCUUCUUGGUAUAGAUAUAAAAAAGUGGAAUUGAAGCAGAUAGAAGGUGAGAGCAAGUUAGAAAUGGGGAGUGUAUAAAGUAGUCAGACCACAGCAUUUCCGAAACUUAUGCUUAAGUUGAUCAACAUGGGCAUACUAUGUAUAAUCUUCUUUGCUUUAAUUUGUUAUAGUACACAUAAGUUCUCA